GAGGCCUUAAUUUAUACUUUUUUAUAUAUAGGGUGCCUCAUCUAAGAAUGUGCUAGCUGCUACCAAAUAUCAGAAGAGACGAAUUUCCAUCGAUUCAUUGCCCUCCCAAUCCAAUGGCACAUCCUAGUUCCAGCGCACCAUCAGCUAACCCCGUAUCCAUUAUCGGCCCUCAGUUCUGUGCUCCUUACCCCGUUGAUCUUGCAGUUGUCCGAGAGGUUUGGACCAUCACUGAUGGCAACUUCGUGGUUACAGACAUCACUGGCAAUAUCCUUUUCAAAGUUAAAGCAGCUUCUCUCACCAUUCAUGACCAUCGAGUUUUGCUAGAUGCCGCCGGGAAUCCCAUUAUCACAUUCAAAAACAAGUUAAGGAGUGCACAUGAUAGAUGGCAAGCCUUCAGGGGAGAUAGCACGGACUCCAGUGAUCUUAUCUUUACAGUUAAACGAUCUUCAAUGUUUCAGUUAAAGACCACAUUAGAUGUGUUCUUGGCAAACAACACGAAGGAGGAAGUUUGUGACUUUAAGAUCAAAGGGAGUUGGUCGGAAAGAUCCUGUGUUAUUUAUGCUGGAGAGUCAUCCACUACAGUUGCCCAAAUGCACAAGAAAAACACAGUUAAAAGCAUCUUGGUUGGAAAGGACAAGUUCAUGGUGACAGUGUAUCCCAACAUCGAUUAUGCAUUCAUCGUUGCCCUAAUCGUGAUUCUUGAUGGGAUAAAUACUAACAAUGGGGGGGCAUAGCAGUAUUGAUUUGGGUGGGUUAGACUUCAAUCUCUAGAAAAUUUAGGCUUAUAUAUAUAAGGAGUAGAUUCUUUUUAUUUUUUCUGUUUUUUGAAUACUC